GCAUGCCGUGGUGACAGCGCAGCGCUGUGCGCGGUUGAAACCUCCCCUACUGGGACAGCCGCGACUCCGCUCUUAUGGCGAUGCCUCUGACAGAGAACAUCUCUCCGAGGGAGCUAGUCAGCGGACAAGGAUUUGGGCUCCCGCUUCACGUCAGCUGGCGCAGGUCUGUGGUUGUGGUCUGAUCAAAGAAUCUGAACGUCAGCAUCAGGAAACUCUUCAGUGAGAGAAGCAGCUGAGUAGAAGUUCAGACAUAGCAAUGGCAUCUGUUGUGAUCAAUUCAGUUCCUACCACUGCAUCUCGUUUUGCCUUACUGCAACUGGAAAGUGAUAGUGAUUCAGAAUCUGGAAAAGGCAGAAGUGGCCAAGGUGCUGGUAAAUCUCAAGCGUUAGAGGGUAGAUCUUCUACAAAUGAGAAAAAAAGAGAGAAAAGGAGAAGAAAGAAAGAACAGCAGCAGAGUGAAGCCAAUGAGCUCAGAAACCUUGCUUUUAAAAAGAUUCCUCAGAAAUCCUCCCAUGGAGGUUGUCUAUCUCAGCAUGAACAAAAACUGCAUGCUACAAUGCAGAAAGACUCUCAGGAAGAAAAUUGGCAAGAGUGGAGGCAAAGAGAUGAACAGCUGACAUCUGAAAUGUUUGAAGCUGAUCUUGAAAAAGCAUUGCUGCUAAGCAAACUGGAAUAUGAAGAGCACAAAAAGGAAUAUGAAAACAGUGAAUGUACUCCACCUCAGUCAAAGUCUGUGAAUAAGAAAGAAAAAAGAAAGAAUCAGCAAGGAAAAGACAAACCUCUCACUGUGUCCCUGAAAGAUUUUCAGUCAGAAAGUAAUAUAGAUAAUGUUGCUAAAAAACAUGAGGAACCAAUCUCUUCUCAGACUCUGAUGAAUGAUGGAGGAUUUUUCCAUAAGCUGGAAGAUGAUGUUCAUAAAAUACUUGAAAGAGAGAAAAGGAGAGACCAGCUCACUGAUUGCAAUGAAAUAGAUAACUGCACAUCUCAUGAGCACAACCAGGAGAGUGGUAUGAAAGGUGGAAAAACAGAACAACUAAAAUUUGAGCUUGAAAAGAAAGAUGCAGAAAUUCAGCAACUUAAAAAUAUAAUAACUCAGUGGGAGGCGAAAUAUAAAGAAGUAAAAGCAAGAAAUGCACAGCUUCUGAAGAUGCUGCAGGAAGGUGAAAUGAAAGAUAAAGCAGAAAUACUCCUACAGGUGGAUGAAUUGCAAAUUAUAAAAAAUGAAUUGACCUUACAGGUAACUACACUUCAUGCUGCAUUAGAGCAAGAAAGGUCCAAAGUGAAGCUGCUGCAGGCAGAAUUAACAAAAUACCAGAGUGGGAAAAGAGGGAAAAAGCACUCAGAAUCUGACCAAUACAGGUGAUCUCCUUUGCCACCAGAUUCAAUACAGAAAAAAAAAGUAAAUCUUUCUUCAGGGUUUUGCAGAAAUUCAUAUAUUUGUUGUACAACUGCUCAACUAUGCAGUUUUUGAAGAAAAAAUAAUAAAUACUAGUUUAAUUAACAUUC